UAUGAGGUCCACUGCUGGUGAGUUCAAAGCUUUAAAACUGAGCAGUUUCAAGUUUGACACUAACUACAACUCUUACAAGAGUGUUCCCGUUCCCGAAGAGCCUUCUGUUGCUCAGAGUGACAUUUCUGUCAAGCUUGAUGUUUUUUCUGAGAAAUUUGAUGGGUUGGAGGUGAAGAUCGAUUUGUUGCAUACUUCCCAACAGAAGAUUUCAUCUGAUUUGGUUGAGUUGAAAGAGUUUGUGUCUGCACAGUUUGUUUCUUUUGGUGCUCAGAUGGCUUCAAUGCAGACACAGUUUUCUACUGUUUUUGCCGAUUCUUAUGCUAAGGACAAAGGCAGUGACUCUUCCAAUGAUGAUGGUGGAAGUGGUAAUGAAGAAGAUUUUGAUUUAGAUGAAUCUGAAGAAUCUGAUGACAAUGAAGAAGAGAAUGUUAUGGGUGAUGAAGAAGGUGAGGGUAGUGAAGGUGAAGAGAAGGAUGGUCAAGCUGAUGAAGAUUCUGAGUCAAAAGAAAAAAAUGAUAAGGCCAGUGAUGAUGAAUGCACUGAUAGUGAGGAGAAGGUAGAUAAGUAGACAAUGUAACUAGGUUUUAGUUACUUUGUGUGGUUUAUUUUGUUGUAAGUCCGUUUAGGUAGUGGUCUUGUAAUUCUAUGUUCUUGUUAUGUCUCUUCUUAUGUUUUAGUUUUUUUUUUUAAAAAAAAAAUUUGCAACUAUUUUUCAGACUAUUUAUUUGUAUUUAUUAUGUUAUUUAGAUGGCUAUGUUUAUAGAUUAUGUUGUUCGCAAUUAUUUUUGGUCUUGUUAUUUUACUUGUUGUUUUUUAGUUGUUAUGUAGUUUUUUUUUAGUUGUUGAAGUCUUUUACAAAAAAAUAACUUCACUUUUUUUCUAUAUUCUUUUUCCUUUAUUUUCUGUAUCAAGAAUUUCGUUGAUUUCAAUGACGGGCCUACUCAAAUAGAUGUUGAGGCUACUGUUCAGUCCGGUGUAAAAGCAGUUGAGAUUAUGGUAAUGUUGCUUUUGUGUUGUUUUUUGGUUGUGUAAAGGUUGUUAUUUUUUAACCAUGCUCUAAUUACUUUUUAAUACCAUAUAUAAACAGAUGUCUUCAAAUGGAAUUGGUGGUGAUUCUAGUAAACAGAUUUCAGUUUCUGAAAAUGUUGAGGUUACGGAUCGUCGUCUUGUUUGUUUUGAGGUAUAUUUUUUUAUGGUUGUUUUUUAGUUUCUUCAUACUUUUUGUGUUUAACACUGACUUUUUUCUUUCAUUUUUAUGGAAAAAAUAUAUUAGAUGGGUGCAACAGGUCUCAAUGUUGAUUCUAACAUUGAACUUGAAGAUGACCCAAUUCCCGUUGAAGAAACUCCUCUUGUUGACAAGAGGAAAUCUAAGAAACCCAUAGCGUUGACGUCUCCGUUUAUGGAGUAUGACUCUUCCAUUUCUAGUUCUAAAGAUGGUUCUGGUUAUGGAGUUGUUAAGUAUGUGGCUGGUUUGUGUCCUCUUGAUGAUAAGAUUGGUGAAGAUGUAGAACAUAAAGACGAGAAUGAUUUUGACUUGUGGCUUGGUGAAGGACGGCGAUCGAAGAAAGAUCCGUAAGUGUUUAUUUUCAGCACUUUUGUUGUGUUUUUGUAUAUUUUGUUUUUUACUUUACUAUUUAUGUUUCAAUUCUAUUUUUUUUUUAUGUUAGGCAUGACAAGGACAAGGUUUACUUGAAGGGUAAGGAUAAGAUUGUUCCCCCUUUUCGUUUUGGCGUGGAAGAUGUUGCAACCAAGAUGUGGUUCCACAAGCUUGCAUAUCCUGGCCAAUGUUUAACUAAUUCUGUAAGUUAAUUUAUUUUUUCUUUUGAUUUUUUUCAAAAAUUUCAGUCUAUAGUUUUCUUCAUGUUGUUUGUUGGUUGUUUUUCAGUUGUUGAAAUAUAAUUCAUUUUCUUAUUUUUGAACAUUUCUCAUUUUUUAUUGUUUAGCAUUUGGACAUCAUUUUUUAUUAUCUACAUAAAAAAGGAAAGUAUGCAAAGGAGCCAAAGGUUAAGUUCACAACCACCGAUUGCUUAUUCUUCAAAACCAUUCAUGCUUUGUAUGAAAAAUUUAUUGCACAGAAAAAAGAUCUUUCUUUGAUAACUGCCCAGCAUGCCAUUGCUGAUUAUAUCAGAGGUAGAAAAAUGUUAUGUGGUUCCCCUUGGCAUUUGUGCGAUCAUGUUUUGUUUAUCAUCCAUAUGGAGACUGAAUCACAUUGGAUUCUUGGUCGCUUGAAUAUUGAGAAAAGGCGUAUGUACAUGUACAACUCCUUGUCGACUGCUAUGAAAGAUAGUGCUGCUAUCAAAGCUUGUCAGCCAUUUGCGGUGUUGUUGCCCCACUUUUUUGCUUUGUUUGAUGAGUUCAAAAAGGAAAACAAACCGGUUUGUUUAGACCCUUUCGAAGUUGUUAAGGUUGAUGGUUUGCCUCAACAAACCUCGAAGUAAGUUGUUUUUAGUUUUUAUUUUCAAGUGUUUUUUUAAUUUUGUAUGUUAUUUUCCUUUUUUAAGUUUUUAUGCUGUUGUUUUUUGGUUGUUUUCCAGUGACUGUGGUUGUUUCGUGGCAUCGUUUGCCGAAUACUUCAUUAAUAUGAAACCGAUUCCUCCCAUAUUUGAUGUUGAGAAACACCGUGAUAGGCUUGCUGUGUUGUUCUAUAAGUAUGCUCGCAUGAAAGAAGUGGAUUUUAUUGAUAGUGAAGAUGAGGCUCCUCCAAAGGGUCCAAAGAAGAAUUUGUCUUAGUUAUCUAUUGGUUGUUGUUGGAAAUAGUACUUUUUUAUUUAGCUUUUGUUUUUUGUAUUACCAGAUUAUGUUCAUAAUCAUAGACAAGUUGUUGUUUCUAUCAUGUUUUUUUUUUUAUUAUUGAAAUUG